UACGGUUUAAGCUUCGCGCGCAGCGCCCAGGGAAACAACCAGUACGAUGCGUACCCGAUGAAGCUGGCAUCGCGCCCAUUUUGCGAGUUCAUCAGGACACACUACCGCGACUAUCAACACAUGUUUUUAAACUUUACCAACCUCCCGUUCGUACCACCGGAAGGAUUGUGUCCCUUUCCGAAAGGCGAAUAUUGGGUGAAGGAUGCGUACAUCGAUUCAUCCGUGAUUCCGAUUGUCGUACCGGAGGGAUUCUGGCGAGCAACCACCGAGCUGCGGAUCAGAGAAACGGGUGUGAUCGCUGCACGAGGAGCGAUGUACGUGAAAUUAACGAAAGAAUAUGUUUAAUUCGUAGGCUCACGUAGCUGCUAACAUGCUACACUAGUCUGAA